AUGAAUUUGGCCCUUUUAGCAAAAUGGUGGUGGAGAUACAAGAUGGAAUCGGGAAGUCUAUGGUCUGAAGUAAUAGGCUCGAUACAUGUAAAUCAGAGAAAAGUUAAAUCUAUACCAUUUAAGAAAUCCAUGGUGGGGGUUUGGAAAAAUAUCGGGGAUAUAGCCAAGGAAUUCAUGAAGAAUGAUAUAAAUAUCAACACAAGUUUCAGAAGCAAGGUGGGUUUGGGGGACAAAACUUUGUUUUGGGUCGAUAUUUGGCUGGGCAACGUAACGUUGAAGGAACAAUUCCCAUGUUUACAUCAGCUAUCAACUAAGAAAAAAACAAAAGUCCAGGAAGUAUAUAAAGUCGUAAAUGGGGGAAUCUUAUGGGAUUGGGCAUGGAGUAGAGUCCCUUGCAGUGAUGCGGAAAAACAGGAGAUGGUUAGUCUGAUACACCGUUUACAGCAGAUAAAUAUAGUAAAUAAAGGAGAUGUUUGGGUAUGGAAAUACAACGAGGAUGAAGAAUUCUGUGUAAAGUCGGUUAGGCACACGCUGGAGCGCAACUUGGAUAUAAAUGCAUUGCCGAACUCGUUCUACUGGAACAGCUGGGUUACAAAGAAAAGUUCAAUGUUUGUCUGGCGAGCAAUUGAGGAGAAGAUUCCGUCGGCUACGGCUCUAAGAAACAGGGGAAUGGAUUUGCCGGACGUCACGUGUAAAAUCUGCGGUGAGGAUGAAGAAUUAGCGGUCCAUAUUUUGUUAAAAUGCAAUUUCGCAAAAGGGUAUGGAACGAGGUGGCAAAGUGGACAAAGACGCCGAUGGUGA